AUGUAUAUGAUUUUGAAAACUGUUGCUCUUAAAUUUAAAGAUAAGAAAGUAAAAAACCAUAUUGAGUUUACUAUAACAGUAAAAAUUGAAGAUGAAUUAGCUUCGUCUAACGACUAUGCUUCAAAUAUUCUCCGCGCAUCCCUUUCAUUCGUUCCAAAAUAUGGAUGGACUAUUGAAUCUUUAUCACACGGUGCAAAUUCACUUGGAUAUCCUUCCGUUUCUCAUGGAUUAUUUCCCAGAGGUGGAAUUGAAUUAAUUGACUGGUUUUUAGAAGAUAGUCGUAAAAAGAUGGUUGAUGACUUGUUUGAUAAAAUGGAUGGAUUAAAAGUUCAUCAGAAGAUUCGGUUAGCAUGUAUAACUCGGCUUAAUUAUACUAAGCCAUACGUGAAAAAAUGGUCAGAGGCGCUUGCAGUAAUGGCACAACCUUAUAAUGUUCAAACUUCAAUUGAACAUCUUGCAAAGUUAGUGGAUGAUAUGUGGUAUUUGGCUGGUGAUAAAAGUGCAGACGUUAAAUUAUACAUGAUGCAAGACACAUCUCCAGAUUAUACUGGUACAUUUCAAUUUUUAGAUCGAAGAUUACAAGAUAUUGCAACUUUUGGACAAAUUGUUGGUGAAAUGGAUACUUUUGCUGGGUUUGUUUCAAAAAGUUUGGUCGGAAUCCUUGCUUCGGAAUCAGUAGAUUCUGAUAAAAAUGCAAUGUCUUUCAAGAACAAUUGUAAUUUUCAUAAUAGCAAAUAA